AUGUUCAACCUGUCGGCGCUAGCAGCAGCGACGCCUUCUUCGGUGUCUUCCGUGGCGAGCCCCUCUCAGCAGCACGGAUUGAGUGUGGGUGGCGGAGCAGUGAAUGGUGGAUCCUCGACGCGGGCUGCAGAUGGCGGCGCGUCGGCUUCAAGUGCGCCGGCGGCGCCACAACAGCAGUCACAAUCGGCACUUCAUAACAAGUAAGUGUUUUUUGAAGAGAGAGGUCGCAGAGGAGGCUUGCCGUCUUGAAGAUGAUCCACUUUAUGUGAAGAGAUCCCCUCCCGCACUCAUAUAUUCGAUUACAUCCGCGAGGAUCGAGGUGUCUUCAGUUCAUUUCUGGACUUGACCAGCUCUCCUCACAUCAUUAGUCGCUUAUUAGCCAAAAUUCAUGAAUUUCCUAACUAAUGUAGUUCAUAGAGCCUUCUAAGAGUAUCACAGCUCGAAAGAUUGCAUAGAACUGCUUUACUUUCCAGCCUCACAAAUUUUCUAAUUAUUGCAAGGACUCUCAAGGUCUCAAUUAACUGAAGGUCAUUUUUUUUAAUGCAAUCAGCAUCAUUUUCAUGAUGAUUGUACUGGCUGGACUUCUGUUCAUCACAAUCACUCAACUUUUCAUGCAUGUUCAUUAAAUCGCGCCUAACAGUUGCUUUCAUGUCAGCUGUUACCAAAGUGAUUGUAUCAACUUUUAAGUAACAGUGCUAAUCAGUACUUAGUGAGGGACCACAGAAGUUGUCGGUGUCUUCAAAAUGAGUCGGCGGUGUUUCGGUUAUCAUCCAAAGGCGCGAAUAUCAAAACAUGCCUCGCUCUCGUCGGCGACUUCAAAAAGAAGACCCGAACUCUUGAAAUCCGCCUAAACACCGCCUAUAUAAGCUUUCCCCGUUCGCCUCGACACCUUCUCAUUUCGCAAUGUUCUGCGCUUCCAGAUCCAGCAGACUAGAGCCGAAAUGGGAGCCGCUGAACGGAAGUCUCCCAUCGGAUACGAAUCUGCAAUGUGCCACGUGGACCGACAUUCCGUUGCUUGCAGGUAAGCCUAGUAUCCAAUGUCCGAUUGUUGUGUAACACACCUUGUAAAGGCGGCGAAUAAGUAACACAACACCACGAUAUCGACCCUUUCCUGUACAGUAGUGGAUACUGUAUUGGGGUAUAACUAUGCGUAUCCCAUUUCCGCCCGCUAUUUCCUCCUGAUGUUUGCCCAGAAGAGUCGGAAGCUAACGGAUGCGAGUAAACAGUCGGGCGAGCUUCUUCUUCUUCUUCUUCUUGUCCCCUCGUGGCGCCGCGACUCUUAUCGCGAGUCGUUCCCGUCCGCGUCCUCCCAAAUUAUGCAAUUAGCCACCGAAGCAUCAGCCGGAAUUCUUUCGUUUCCAGGCUACUCGACGGCGCCUUCGUUCGCGUUCGAUCAGUGCGCCUACGGCGGAUAUGAUCCCUCUUAUUUCGCUUCCAAUGGAAUCGCAGGUACCGAUCACAAACUCUGUUGUACUCUAUAAUCUCUCUUUCUUUGAAGGUCCGAUGUACACUCUUCCGCCAGCGGAUCCAUUCCAACGGCCUGAAAAUGAUAUGAUCGAGAAUGGGUCGAAAAAUGGAAAGGACGGGUAAGAAAGAGAAUGGAGCAGCUUCCCAAUUGUUGAAUUUGUAGAGUGAAAGUGGAAACCGACGAAGAGAUAAUCGAUGAAAUGGACGAUGAGAACGACGAGGAGGACGACGGGACCGGGAAGCGGAAGAAGAGAAAGCGGCGAGUUCUGUUCACGAAGGCGCAGACGUACGAGCUGGAGCGGCGAUUCCGCACGCAAAAGUAUCUGAGUGCGCCGGAAAGAGAGCAGCUCGCAAUGCAGAUCCGAUUGACGCCCACACAAGUCAAGAUCUGGUUCCAGAAUCAUCGGUGAGUGAGAAUCAGAGAGAGCGUAGAGUCUUUGACGGAAAGCAUUUCAGUUACAAGACGAAGAAGAGCCAUCAGGACAAGCCGGCGUCCAUUCUUUCUUCAAUGCCCAGCACAUUCGCGACGCAAUCCGCCACGACUCCAUUCCCGACGAGAACGUAAGUUUUGGAAUUUGGUCCUCAAGUCUUCAAGUCUCUCUUUGUUUCAGAAUGCCAAUCUCGAUGAUAGUGCGUGACUCGUCGGCGCGUUCCUCGGACAUCUCCUCCACUUCGCCGUACGCAGCGGCGGUGGCCUUCGGAAGCGCCAACAGCGGCUACCUGUCGACGCCGUCCGCCUACCUCCCAGCCACUUCCGGCUACUUCUCCAACGGAUCGUGCAACUCUUCGUACAUGACCAAUACUCAGUGGUGGCCUGGUCCAUCCAACUAA